AUGGCAUCAACCUUUGAUGCUCCAGCCGGCUCGACAAACCACGGAGACCCCAAUCUCCUCUGCGUUCCUCCAUCAUGGACCGACCUGGCCGUCUUCUUCGGCACCAACUAUCUCGCCCACGCGGCCACUCUCAUUGCGCGCCCCGGGCAGAGCUUAGCCGAAACCAUUGUCGACACGGCCAACGCUCUGUUUAUCCCGGGGUCGGGCAUGAUCCGCGCCAUCAGGCUGCUGUUCUUCUACACCGACCUCCACCGCUCGUCGCCGCCUCUGCAGAAGGCUGCCAAGGCCGGCGCGCUGUGCAUGGUCGUCAGGCGCACCCACGUGUCCCGGGCUAUGGGGGAGAACGACGACGCUGAGGACGGGAACGGCGGCGACUGGUUCUCGCGGCACUUCAGCCUCGCCACCGACCCCGUCUACGUGCCGCUAUCGCGGUCGAUUUUGGGGACGUGCAUUAUCCGCGACCGGGAAAGAUACUGCCUCGUCGAGGUAUCGCCUCUGGUUCCGCUGAGGGAGUUCAUGCCCGAAGAUGCGCCGGCUUCCCCAACACUCAGCAGCGCCUCUUCCAGCUCAGCCGGCAAGACCGAGUCCGUCCCAUCGGUCCCGUCGAGCGUGCGGCGGCCCAAGUCGCACAGGAUAGAGGUACCUGGCCAGCUCGACAUUGCCAAGAUCCUCGUUAGUAUCCUGCAGCUCAUCUGGGGCAUAUCAACGCUGUACAAUGCCCGCGGCAACCAGAUUGACCUGUACGGCUACGCGGCCUUCGGCCUGACCGUCACCCCCUACGCCGUCAUGAGCUUCCUAAACCUGCUCGUGAGCCUGAUCUUGCCCGUCCACAACAACAUGUACCUCGUCUGGACCGAGGACAUGCGCGACGCAAUGGAGAACCGCCGCCCACACCACCGGCCCCCAGCUGAGUUCGCCGGCAUGAUCGCCACAGUCGACCUAGAAAAGACAGCCCGCAUAAUGCGCAACGAGCUCGGUGGCAGCCGCAUCCCAUACGACGGUGGCGGGCCCCUCGCCCGCCCCGUGCGCCUAGUCGCCUACUCUUCGUUCUACCUGCUCGUCGCCGUGGUGCCCCUCGCUAUCGUCGGAGGCUUGACAGGCUUCCGCACGGGCAGCGACGUCCACGUCGAGCGCGCCUGGGUCCUGGCAUGGCUGAUCAUCGGGUCCGCCUCGGCCAUCCUCAUCAGGCAGGUCUCAGCAUCGGUCGCCACCCACCGGCGCGUCAUGUCGCUGCAGGACUAUAUCCUAGGGCGGCCGGACCGGCGCGGGAAGCCGCAGCCGCCUCGCCGCUCGAUCAGCUCCGGCGAGAGGGGCGUGAGCGCCUGGUUUGCAAUCUUUGUGCUAUUUCCCCUGUGGAUUCCUGCAAUUGGCGGCAUGGUGGUGGUAGGGAAGAUGUUACAGGAUUUCGGAGUGUGUACGAGGCUGGAUUAG